ACUGAAAUCGAGGCUCAGGUGUGCCAAAUGUGAACACUGGAUGUGUCGAAUCGGUUCAAGUUGCAAAGCAGUGUCCAUUGCUCACACAAGAGGAAGCCAUGAUGUAGGUCUUGGAGUAUAUUAAUCAUGGGUACUUUGAAAGACUUGUGAUAUCUUCCAGUCAUGAUGAAAACCCAAGCUUCCACUGACUAUGAGGCGUUUGUGUUACAUGGUACGGAACCAUCUGGGACGUUCAAUCCUAUCAGUUUGUAGACUUAUUUCACAUCCAUCGGAAUUUUUUUCUGAAGCCAGACAGAUGUUGGAAGCUGCCCGUCAUACCAACUUGAGAAAACUCCAAGCUUUAUUUGCAUGCCUCUGUAUCUUCUCUGUAUUUUCCUUUGUAUUGGUCUACUAUCUUGCCUACCAUGGCUGUGAUAGCCAUGUUCUAGUGUCCGUGACCUGUGACUGGGUGAUCACAUCCAUGAUUAAACAUGAGAUGGUCGAUUUACGCAUUCCAGUAUCAUCGACUGCCAUGAUUGAUUGCGAGCCGCUCUUCAAUCGUGAUGCAGGACUGAUGGGACAGAUCAAAUCCUACAUGAUGUCCAAUCACAAGAGAGCAGCGACUCCAUACUUCUAUAUUAAAGCCACAGAAAACUGUCAAAUUUUUAGAAAAGAAAUGGGCUACAAUGGCAUGGCUACUCUCUCAACACAAGAAGAGAAGGAUUUCCCCCUGGCUUUCAGUAUCAUGACAUAUAAAGACAUUGAGCAAGUGGAAAGGCUGCUGAGAAUGCUAUACAGGCCACAGAACUACUACUGCAUUCAUGUCGACAUGAAGUCCUCGUACACAUUCUACAGGGCACUGUUGGGGAUUGCAAGCUGCUUCAGUAAUGUAUUUGUGGCGUCUAAGCGUGUAGACGUGGCCUGGGGGGAGUACACAGUUUUGGAGGGAGACCUCGUGUGUAUGAGAGAUUUAUUGACGUACACAAAAUGGAAAUAUAUUAUCAACCUCACAGGGCAGGAGUUCCCACUGAAGACCAAUGCUGAGAUGGUGAAGAUUCUGAAAGUAUUCAAUGGUGCAAAUAAUUUGGAAGCCACAGUUAGAAAGCGGGACAUGUCCCGAAUCAAUUACCACUAUGAUGGGAUAGAAAGAACAACCGUUAGGAAGAGUCCUCCACCUCAUAACAUCACAGCAGUGAAAGGUUCUGUACACAUUCUUGCCUCAAGAGGUUAUGUGGACUACAUCAUUAACAGUAAAAUAGCUAACGAUUUCCUGGAGUGGGUGAAAGACACUGGGUACCCGGAUGAGACUUUUUUCUCCACAAUGAAUCACAAUCCUCAUCUCAAGGUCCCAGGAUCUUAUCUAGGUGAACCUGAGACGAAUCCUAAAAUUUACCCUUUCCUGGCCCGCUACAAACUAUGGCGGUAUGAGAGGGACAGUUGGCGCUGUGGGGGAUACUGGCAAAGGAGCAUAUGUGUCUAUGGACUCUCCGAUCUCAGACAUCUGAUAUCUCGUAAAGAAUUCUUUGCAAAUAAAUUUGAACUGGAUUAUGAAUAUGUGGCUUUUGACUGCAUGGAAGAGUACAUAUUUAACCUUGCCAGGGAACAUCGGUACAGACCACAGAAAAUCAAUAUUAGCUACUAUGAAAAUUUGCCAUUUUAUAAAAAUGUCAUACUAUGAACUUGUACUGUGCUGAUUUCAAAGAGGUUGAUUAAUUAUAAUUGUAUAUACAAGAAAUGAUUUCCUCAAAGGCUGAAGAGAGAGAGAAAGGGCUUCCUGGGAUUUUAUCAUUUUUUAUUAUCUUUUGCAUGCAGAGGUCCCCCCCUCCCCAUUUUCAAAGCCUGGAUGUACCAGCAUAACUGAGAUUUAUUAAUUAUUUACGAAUAGUUCAGAUAUAUUUUAUCAAGAAUAAAUUCUAUAAAAGAGACAAUAUGUUGUAGAAAGUAUCUUGACUUUUGGUUUUUAAUAAAGUGGACCUUUUUAUCAUAUUGUCUUAUUAAUAUAAAUACAGGA